CUUGGUAGAUUUCGAAGUUAAUGAAAAUUUUCUGGCAACAUAAGUGACAAAACGUGAUUUUUCUGUAAACAGGGAGUUAGAUACCAACAGACUGUUUUUUUUUAGUUGAUCUAUAUGUAAUGUUUGUUUUAAAAUAUAAACUAAAUUAAACUAUUAAAGCGUUCUUAUAUAUUUAUCGCUCUAUAAUUUGAAGAAAAAAUUGCCAUCUCGUGAUAUUGAUACUUCAACAGAUGAGCAACUAGUUGCGACCUUGGGACCUCAUGGUGAAGUUGAACUAACUCUUGCUACUGACAAUAAAUGUGUUUCCACUGAUGGUGAGAUUUCUCGUACAAACCCUUUUGCUGGAUUGCAGCAUGGAUCCAUUUCUCCAUCAUUACAAAAUAUAAAUCCUGCAUUUUUAGCUCAAGUACCAAACCUUGUCAAGUCUCAAAAUAUAUAUGAAAAUGUCCAAAUAGCUAUGGAAGGAGAAAAUAGUAAAGUUGUUCUGUCAUCUGAUUGUGGCUUGCCUAGUAAUAAUUGUAAUUGCUUAUCUGUUAUGAGUCCAUUUGAUGAAAAAGCUGAAUGGGCUGAAAUAGCUGGAAUUAUGGCAUCUUUUGGAGGCAGCAUUACUAGAGAAUCUAUUUUUGCUCAAGAUAUUGAGUCUAGGUUCGCUCAAACUUUUAAAUCAGUUGACUCUGCACAACAUAUUUAUUCUUUUACUAGCCUUGAAGUCUGGCUUUCACACAUAGGUUUACCACAGUAUGAAAAUCUUCUCCUUUUAAAUGGAUUUGAUGAUGUUAAUUUUUUGGGUGGAAAGAUGAUAGAAGAGCAGGAUUUGCUUGAUAUAGGUAUUGUGAAUGCUCUUCAUCGUCAGAAACUUUGUUCUGCUGCUCAAAAUUUACCUGCUGUGCAACCUAUUAAUUUACUAAGGGCUUCUGAUGAAUUUCCACAAAGUGUUGAUUCUUGGUUGAAAUCAUUGAAUUUAUCUGAAUAUAGUGAUAACUUUAGCAAUAAUAAUAUUACAGAUAUGGAUCGAGCCUUAAAACUUUGGGAAGUAGAACUAAAUACCGUAUUAAAAAUUUCAAAGAUUGGUCACCGCAAGCGUAUUUUAUCUUCGCUCGGAGACAAACAUUUUGAAAAUUUUGUUGAUGCCAAAGAUGUUGAUUUGACAAAACUGACUUUAGAUCUUUCUGAAUUAGAAGUUGCUGACAGCGAAAAAAAAAAGUGUGCUGCCAAAGAAUCAUCAAAAGUAACCUUUGCGGAAAAUACUGUUGACCCACUUUCUAAACCUUAUUUGAGGAUACGAUCACCCACUCAACUUAUGAAUGACUCUCAAAAUCAAGAUAAAAGUAGUCAGCAGUUUGUGGUUGAAGCUCAAUGGCGUCAUCAUCCUGAUGAGCUUGUAAUUAAUAGUUGUAAUUAUAUAGCAAAAUAUUUAGGUUCAAAUUUGGUAAAAGAGCUGCAUGGUUUAGAAUCUACAAAAGCAUCUAUUCAGAAGCUGAAAGCGUCUACUAAGGAUAUAGGAAAGAUUCCCAGCAUUAUCUUGUCUAUUUCCUAUACAGGCGUGAAAUUUAUUAAUGCUGAAAAUCAGCAACUUGUGUGUGAACAUGAAAUUCGUAAUAUCCAUUGUGCUUGUCAAGAUGCUGAUGAUUUACGUCAUUUUGCAUAUAUAACCAAAGAACACCAAACUCAUAACCAUUACUGUCAUGUCUUCUCUUCUCACAGUAUUGUAAGUUUUUUCCUUUUAAAUGGUUUUAAUACUAGGGUUGCACAACCUUUCACAAAGGACAAUCCAUUAAUAUCAAUUAAUAAUUCAGUUGUUCCCUUCCGUAACUUGUCAAUAGCAAUUUAUUUAAAAUGUUUAUAGACAGUACAACAUAAAUUGUAUAUAAUACUGUCAAACCCUGCUAUAAUGAACAUGGUAUUUAAUGAAUACUUAGUUGUAGUGAUCCCUUCUGAAGUUCUAUUUAGUUAUUUGUUUUUUUUUUUUUUUAUGCUUAUAGUAGACUGCUGAAAAAUUGGUAGUUCGUCUAUAAUGGACUUAAAUUUUAUUUUCUAAGUUUUUUUUCUUCAUUUCUCUAGUUUUAAAUUCACAGGAGUUGAUUACAAAUGAUAGCCUUUCUUUAAAUUUUGCUAAUUCAUUCUCUUGUAUGCUUUUGGCAUUUAAAUUAGGGCAUGCUUGCAUGUUUUGCACUGUGAUGGGUUUGAAAAAGCAUAAUAUGAAGGAAGAACUGACUGAUUAUUAAAAAUUAUAAAUAUUUUCAACACAGCGAACAAGUUGUUUAGCAUCAUAUUUUUCUUCUAUGUUGAAGAAGGACAAGAAAUUUUGGCAACGUUUAUCCCAGAAGUGAAAUCAGCACUAAAAUUUCUGAAUUUUUUUUCCUUGAAAAAAAGGAGACUAUAAAAUACUGGAUACCUUAUUAAUUGUUGAUACAAAUUUAAGUAAACUUUACUUAAAAUGGAAUUGUAGUUAGUCGAAAAGUGCAACUUUCUUCCAUAAAGCAUAAAAAUUUAAUAAUUUUUCUCUUUAAUAUUUAAUUAAUAAUGUAUUUAAGCAGUCAAUUAUUUAAGAAUAAAUUUUGCACUAUUGUAAUCACUAUUGCCAACAAUACUAUUGUCUUAUGCUAAAAUAAAAUUUAAAAAAAAUUGAAAUAAUGAACUACUGUUUAUAGAACACAUUGCUGGUUCUGCAAACAGUUCAAUGUAACAAGGUUUGACUGUAUUUACUAUGUAUGUUUGCAAAGUAAAAAUUGCAUUUGCUAAGUGAGAAAUUAAAUAAUUACCCUUCUCUAUAGAAAAAUAAUUUAUUUAUUUUUUUACGAAAUGAUUUAUUCACAUCUUGUGAGUCUAAACAAAUCCUCUCUUUGUGUUUACUUUCUUAGAGUCAUGGGUGCCACUCUUCAGUCCUGGGGACUGAAAUCAGUCUUGC